AUGGAAAGUCAAUCUGCUGCUACUCAAGAAUUAUUAAAUGAAAAAUCUCCAAUGUUUGCUCUCGUUCGGUACUUGGAUGAUGAUAUUAGGAAAAUAGUACCUGUAUCCGACAUUAAACAUUUUAAACCAAAAAAUUUGGAGGAUUUUAGCACAACAAAAGCGUAUUCGGUUUGGUGGUCCCAAGAAAAUUCCGAAAGCGAUGAUGGAGAUUUUUACAAAGCUAAUGUAGUUUUACUGGGUACAAGCAAAUUAGAUUUGGAAAAUCAAUCCAAUAAUCGUAGGUUGAGAUUACCAAAUAAAGAGAAUCUCAGUUUCUCUAGUACUAUAUCUACAGACGCAGAGAAUGGAGGCAACGGCAAAAAGAAACAAAUUGCAAAAAAAGCGAAAGUGACCAAACAUUGUGACUUUGAAAAUAACAGAAUUAUGGAAAAGCACAAAGCUCUUAAAGAGCGUCAAUCUCUUGGCAGUUCUACAUCAGAAGUAGAGAGUAGCAAUGAAGAAUCAGAUUUUGAAGUGGAAAACUAUCUAAACCUAAAAAGAAAACUUGAAAAGUACGAAGAAGUACUAAAGUUAAAAAAACAACGUUUACAAGAAAAAAGUACGAAGGAAACUAAUGGUCUUGAAGAGCAUAUCAGUUCUUUAAUUGAUUCAGAUAAUGAUACCGGAUUAGGAAACAAUAAUUCUUUUGUCAAAGAAUUUGAAACAACAUCGCCACCAAGCCAUCAGAAAUCGCAUUCACAAUCAGGGCGAGAGAAAUCAUCUGCUCUACCAUGUCCAUUAAAUAAUAAUUCGUCAAAAACUUUACAAGAAGGAAAUUCUUCUCCAAAAUCUGGUUCCGAAAAUCCAGAAAUUCCCAAACCAACCGAAGAAGGUGAGGAAAUUCUGAUUCCUGGUGCAGAAAGAAAUAGAAGAUUAAUCGAUAGAAGUACACUUGAAUUUGAUGCAUUUGCUGGGCCCAAUGAAACAAUUGAUUUGACAGAUAGGGAAGUUCCGGAAAAUAGGACUCAAAACGAACCAAAUGAAAGUGAGUCGGAUAUGAUUACUGAUCCUGCUAAUAAGCGACUUUCUGCAUCUGAGUAUGUGAACAAUGCAAUGACAAAUCCAAGGGCUUUCCAGCCGAUUGCAGAGAAUUCAAAAUUGAUUGAUUUCGGAGAGGAUAUUAAUAUGCGGAAAGACGUUUUUGAAAUUAUGCAAACUAAGAAAGAUUCGAAAUUUGUAAGAAAUGUUAUGGAACAUGUUUGGAGUGACACAUUAGCAACUAAAUAUUUUGAUCCGAAUCCAAAAAAAAUAAAUAAAGAUAGGUUACCUGGAGUCACAAGAACACCUUUAUCUCCUAAGAAAAUUCAAAUAGUAUAUGAUUGUCUUCAACACAAAUUGAAAAAUGCCAAAGUUGACGAUACUAAAAUGAGGUUGCGAUUAAAUGAAACUGGGAAAUAUAUAACGCAGAAAAUUAAUGAUGAAAUAAGAAAAGCGAAAAAAUUAAAAAAAUGA